UUUUGUUCUGGUUGUUUGUAUUAGCAGUGCUUGGUCAUAUUUUGCUGGCUUUUUAUUAUUCUCAUAUUUCAAGUAGGAGCUGUCUUGCUUUCUCAUUUGUUUGACUGCCUAUUGAUUCAUAGCUUUGCAAUUGUCUGUAUAUUUCUGGCACAAUGGCCAAACGGUUUUAUACCGCUGAGGAAGCGGCUAGGUUUUGCAUGGACUCCAGCUCAAAGGAAUUUAGCGAUUCAGAUUCUGAGUAUGUCCCAUCUGAUGCCUCUACUGAGGAAUCAGAGGUUGGUGAUAGCAGCACUAUUAGCGCAGAGGCUAGUAGUGGCGGCACGCUUACUGCUGAAGAGUCAGAGGAUGGUGGCAGUGUGCCAGAUGCACCCAUGGAGGUUGAAGAGGGUGAGGGUAGUGGUGAUGCAGUAGUUGGAGCGCCUGUGUGGGAGCCUCCCUGUAAUUAUGCCCCAGAAAUUCCCCCAUUCACUGCAGUAGCGGGCGUCAAGGUGGACACCACUAACUUUCAAAUCAUAGAUUUCUUCAAUCAAUUUAUUACAGAGGCCAUCCUACAGGACAUGGUCCAUUUUACAAAUUUAUACGCUGAGCAGUAUCUUGCCAGCCACCCUUUACCAGGGUAUUCAAGAGCCCAUGCGUGGUAUCCGACUAAUGUCAGUGAAAUCAAAAGAUUCCUGGCACUCACAUUGGCAAUGGGACUCGUUGAACGUAACACCUUAGCCUCAUACUGGGAUACCACUACAGUCCUUUCCAUCCCUCUUUUUUCAGCCGUUAUGCCAAGAAACCGUUACCAAAUUUUACUGCGAUUUCUUCAUUUUAACGACAACGCAGCAGCUGUUCCCCCUAAUGAGCCCGGUCACGACAGGCUUUACAAAUUGAGGCCCCUUAUAGAUAGCCUGUCUCAGCGCUUCGCAGAGGUCUACACCCCCUCCCAAAAUAUAUGUGAGGACGAGUCCCUUUUGCUCUUCAAAGGGCGCCUAAGAUUUCGCCAAUACAUCCCUAGUAAGCGGGCUCGCUAUGGGAUGAAAUUUUACAAACUCUGCAAAAGCAGCACGGGCUAUACUAGUUUUUUCAUGUUUUAUGAAGGAAAGGACUCUAAUUUGGACCCCCCCGGUUGUCCCCUUGAUUUGACUGCCAGUGGUAAAAUUGUCUGGGAGCUCAUAACUCCACUGUUGGGCCAAGGUUACCACUUAUACGUGGAUAACUUUUACACGAGCAUCCUCUUAUUUAGAACCCUUUAUUGUUUGGACACCCUUGCCUGUGGCAUCGUUAGGCAAAACCGCAAAGGACUGCCUAAGGAACUGGUGGACAAGAAAUUGAAACGUGGAGAAGUAAAUGCUCUAAGAAGCGAUGAGCUCCUGGCCCUAAAAUUUGCAGACACAAAAAAUGUUUUUAUGCUUACUACUAUCCACAAUGAGAGUGUAGUUGUCCAACACAGACAUGGCAGGCCCGCAAAAUCAAAGCCACUCUGUUGUAAAGAAUAUAGUAAGCAUAUGGGUGGCGUCGAUAAAACAGACCAAAUUCAAACUUACUAUGACGCCACCAGAAAAACCAGGGCCUGGUACAAAAAAGCAGCAAUUUACAUGAUUCAAAUGACCCUCUAUAAUUCUUAUGUCGUUUACAAGGCGGCAGUACCAGGCCCCAAAUUGUCUUAUUACAAUUUUCUGCUGCAACUGCUCCCUGCCCUUUUGUUUGGAGAUGUACAGGAGGUUCCAGAUGUGCCUGGCAAUGACAAUGUUGCCCGAAUGGUGGGUAAGCAUUUCAUUGCCCAAAUUCCAACACCUAAUAAAAGAUAUGCCCAGAGAGCUUGUAAGGUUUGUCGUUCCAGGGGUGUUAGAAAAGACGUGCGGUAUUUUUGUCCCAAGUGUCCUAGCAAGCCUGCUUUGUGUUUCCAACCCUGUUUUGAGGUGUACCAUACUGUGGUGCACUUCGAGAGGACUUGAAUUCUGUAUUGUGUUGGUAGGUUAGGGCUCUCUGGGUUUGUUGGUGGUAAAAGGAUUUAGUAAAUCUGUAUAGUAAGCUUGGCAUUCUCUGUUUAGGUGGUUAGGUGUGCUGGCAAAGUGAUGCAAUUUUUUUUUGUGUUUUGUGCAGUGGUUUUUCAGAUUCA